AGUAAUAAUAAACAAUUUUUCAUAAACAGUUUAAUUCAAAUUAUUGUGCAUACAUGAUAAAAUUAUAUUACAAGUAUUUUAAUUAAAAUAUAUAAUGUUAUCUAUAAGGAAAGGGGCAAAAAAACGUUGUUGUUAUGGAGUAUGCCGCAGUGAUACGCGUAGUAAAUCCUUUCAGGAGAAUUUAUAUUAUUUCAUUAGUUUUCCAAAACCUUGUUUAGAAUAUCGACGGAAACUCAUUAAAAUAAGUAAGCAAAAGCACUUAAAAAUUUGUCACAAAUGUGCUAAAUGUGAUUUGUGGGUAAAGCGGUGUGGACGAGGUGAUGGUCGAUUUCAAGAAAUUGACAAUGUAAAUAAAGACACAUAUAUUUGUUCACUUCAUUUUGAAGGAGAAUCUGGUCCAACAACCGAAUAUCCAGACCCCGUCAGUUGUGUAAAAAAAAAAAAUAGUGAUAAGGUAAAAGUCACAAAAACCUCGCUGGCUGAAAAAUAUAAGGAAUCAAAAGACAGUAUGAAUAAAGUUAUAGACGUUUCAAACCAGUCAGCAGAAAAAAUGGAAUGUGAAGAUGGAGUUAUCCGUAAUGUGGGUAUUGGUGAAGGAAAAAACGAUGAAACAACAACAGUUUCAAGUCCAAGUAUAACUUCAAUAUUGGAUCCAAACUCAGGUAAUGGAAACAGUGAUAUACUCAGAUCAAGUGUUACCAGCCAAAAUGUUGAGAUUUCAAUUACAGAGACUUAUCUACAAGAUGAAAUUACUCCAUCCGCUACAUGCAGUCAAGGUGUUCAAACUGAUAUUAAAAAGUUCACUAGUAAAAGGACUCAAGUUACUUUACGUCAAGUUUCAGUGAUGGAUAAUUUCGAAGAAUCUUUAAAAAAGAACAGUAAAAAAUGUAAAUUUUACACGAGCUUGGAGUAUGAUGAAAUAUUUAUUUUACAUAAUUUUGUAAAUCCGGAUUGUAAAAGUGUAACAGAUAAAAUAGGUCAAGAAAAAAAGAGCAAUAAUUGUAUUAAAAAAUUAACAUCAAUACAGGAAUUAAUUUUAGUGCUUAUCCGAUUACGUGUGGGCACACUAGUUGAAGACUUAGCUUUCAGAUUUGAAAUUUCAACAACUUUAGUUUCUAAAACCAUAAAAUCUUGGAUACAACAUUUAUAUCAUGAAUUUACAUACAAUUUGAAGCCAUUCAUGUUCCCUUCAAAGAAAAAGCUUGCAGAAACUUUACCAAAAACUUUUAAAUCCUUGAAAAAUAUACGAGUUAUUGUUGAUUGUACAAAAUUCCAAUGUCAGUCGCCGUCAAACUUCGAAAAUCAAGGAAAUCUAUACUCUUCUUAUAAAGCUCGAACAACUUAUAAAGCACUAAUUGGAUGUACUCCAAAUGGAGGUGUAUGUUUUGUAUCCGAUGUAUACGAAGGUAAUAUUUCAGACCGUGAAAUUUUUAUCAAAUCAAAUAUUUCUGAUUUUUUGGAGCCAGAUGAUUUAGUGUUGGCUGAUAGAGGAUUUACCGUUCAUGACAUUGUUGAAUCGAAGCGAGCGCAUUUAAAUAUACCACCAUUUUUAAAUGAAAGUAAAUGUUUAUCACCUCAAGAGGAAAUGGAGACAAAGCGGAUCGCCAAACAACGUAUAUACAUAGAACAUGUUAUUGGAAGAAUUAAACAAUUUCGACUGCUUCAGAAAGUUCUACCUUUAAGUUUACGUUCAUCCAUGUCCCAAAUUCUUUUCGUGUGUGCAUGCUUAGUAAAUUUCCAGCCACCGAUUAUUAUAGAUUAAAUAACUGGCCUGGAAAAUUGCAGUUUACGUCAAAAAAGAUAUUUUUUU